AUCAGACGAGGCAUGGUACUCACCAAGCCAGGAGCUGCUAAGACGUAUACAGAAUUCGAGAGCGACUUAUAUGUGUUGAAGGAGGACGAGGGUGGUAGGAAGAACCCUUUUCACAGCGAGUAUCGUCCACAGGCGUACAUCAGGACGGGAGAUUGUUCAUGCAGAAUUAUACUCCCUGAUGAUGUUGAUAUGGCUAUGCCUGGUGAUAGCAUUAAAGCGACACUGAAAUUGGACAGACCCCAGGCAGUUGAA